AUGUCUUUAAAAGAUUUUUAAAUAGUCUAAAAGCUAGGCGAGGGAGCUUAUAGCAGCGUUUAUAAAGUAAAGAGGUAUGGUGAUGGCCAAGAAUAUGCUCUCAAAAAGGUGAAACUAUAAAAUUUAAGUGAAAAAGAAAAAUAAAAUGCCUUAAAUGAAGUUAGAAUACUUGCCUCAAUUCGCGCAAAUAAUAUUGUUGGAUAUAAAGAGGCCUUUUUAGACGAAAUGUCUAAUUCUCUAUGUAUCAUUAUGGAAUAUGCUAAUAAUGGCGAUCUUUUUCAAAAAAUAGUUGACCAUUAAAAGAAAGGCCAGCUAUUCCCUGAGUAGGAGAUAUGGAACAUCUUUAUACAAAUGGUGAAGGGCAUCAAAUCUUUACAUGAUUUGAAAAUUUUUCACCGUGAUCUGAAGAGUGCCAAUGUGUUUUUGAAUAAAGAUGGCACAGUCAAAUUAGGUGACAUGAAUGUUUCAAAAGUUGCCAAAAAGGGUUUACUCUAUACUCAAACAGGAACACCUUACUAUGCAAGUCCAGAAGUAUGGAAAGAUUAGCCCUAUGAUGCAAAAUCUGAUAUUUGGUCACUCGGUUGUGUCUUAUACGAGAUGACUACACUCAAACCACCCUUUAGAGCAGAAGAUAUGGAGGGUUUAUACAAAAAAGUUAUAAGAGGAUACUAUCCUAGAAUUCCUCCUCAUUUCUCAUAAGACCUUGCUAAUGUUAUCAGAGCACUGCUUUAAGUAGCUCCUCACUUAAGGCCAUCAGCAGACAAGAUACUUUAGUUACCAGCUGUCAUCAAAAGAGUAAAUGAUAGCCACCUCCUUGAAGUUGAUGAAGGAGUUCCCUUCUUGUUGACAACAAUCAGAGUUCCUAAAAAUUUACAUUACCUUACGGAUAGGCUUCCUAAACCUAACUAUGCCCCAUUAAAAAUGAAAAAAAUUGAAAAGUAAAGGUUUUUAUAAACCUUAGCUGGUUACAGAGGUGAAAGAAACGCCAGUCCAAUGGAUGACGAUGAAUAAUCUUAAGCUAGUUAAAUCAUAACUUAAACUCAAACACAGUAAUAAGAAAAAGGUUAGCAGUAAAUACUUCAUCUUCCCAAAAUAAAUCCUAAGGUACAAAAGAAUCUACCUUCUGCUUAGGCAGCUCCAACGUAGGAUACUGGGUCACAUAACAAUAGCCAGCUUAUAAGUAAUAACAAUAAUAAUGGUAGCAGUAACUAUAUAGGUUCAAACCAUAAAGAUAAGGAUAGUGAUGCUAAUUCGAUUAACCAGUCAAUAAUUAACGAUCACAAUAGCAUCAAAAAGAAGAAAAAGAAAUAACCUGAAUACGAUUAAAAUUCUUCUGUAGUUAGUGCUACAAACAUUAAUAAAGAUAUAAGUUUACUAAUUUCUUCACCAUAAAAUGCAGGAGCAAACCAAUAAAACAAACCAUAAAAGAAGGAUUACAAUGAUAAAUAAAAGUAUGAAGUCCUUGAAGUUAUAAGACAAAUAAAAUACUAUGAUUAUCCAUAGUAAGGAGCCCCAAAAGGAUCAAAAUAGUACCAAUAAAGCUCUUAAGGCUCCAUAUAAAGUUUGGCACAAGUUCAAGGUUAAAGUGUACAUCAACAUCAAGCACAAUAUGAUUCCCUUUCCCCAAACAGAAGAAAAAAGAAUGAUAACUUAAAUCUUUUAGACAUAGAAGGUGAGUCAAAACCCCUCUUAAAAAAGAAUCGUAAAAAUCCUUCAAUCCACAAUUCUCCAAAUAAUAAAUAUGAUGAUAUUUCUGUGAGCUCAAAAAAUCCAGUUUUAGAAGAAAGUAAUAAAUUACCAUCAAUUGGCAUUACAAAACUUCCAAAGAUAUAAGGAUUAGCCGGUAAUCAAGGAAUUGAUAGUAAAUUAUUAGCAAUAUAGUAACCUAAAAUUGUAAAUGACAAAGAAAACUAGAAGAUAAGAGAGAUUUCUAGAGCUUAUAAAGUGAAUAUAAAUUAACUAGAUGAUAUAAAAGACAGGUACAGAUCUAUUAAAAGAAUGGAGUAAUCUAAGAGUAAACAAUAUGUGUUGAAGAAUUCUAGUCUUCCUAGCAGUAAUUAAUAAUAAUUAGAAAUAGGAGGUAACUAAAAAUACUAUAAUUAUUCUCUCGUUGAUCCCUCAAGUGGAUAACAUUCAAAAAACAAGUGA